CGGCGGGGCAGCGCACGGGGGGAUUUCCUGGGCGGAAGCAGCGGAGGGGGUUUCCACUGCUCUGCCACAGAGCUCCUGCUCCUGCCCCAGCACCGACCCGAGCCAGGACUGAACCAGGACUGAACCAAGACCAGACCAGGACCAGACCAGGACCCGAGCCUGGGGAGCAGCCGCCCUCCGCAGCCUCAUCCCCGCUGACAUGAGCUCCAGCACCGCGGGGCAUCCGUCCCCCUGAAGGCGGUACAGGCGCACCGACAGCCCGCGGACCUGCCGCCGAGGAGCCGCUGGUUCAUCAGGUGAUGUCGGGGAGGAGCCAUGAUCUCAGGGAGGUGCAGAUCCCGCUGCUGCAGGCCCCACCUCCUCAGCAUCGAGCGGCCAAUCACACGCCUCCUCCCCACAGACCGACCAAUCACUGGCCACCCAGCGAAGCCCCACCCCCCACAGGGGGGGCGCUGCUGCCGGUACAAGGGGGUUUCCGAGAACGGUUCGUACUUCCUCCUGACGAUAAAUAUCGAUGCGAGAAGUGCGGUUUGGUUUUGGUGCAACCACGACAGACCGAGUGUGGACACCGAUUCUGCAACUCCUGCAUCACAGAGCUGCUCAGUCGUCCAAACCCAGUUUGUCCGGCCGAUCGCGAGCCACUCUUCCCCGACAAGAUUUUCCGAGAUAUUUGCUGUCAGCGGGAAAUCCUGGCACUCAAAGUUUUCUGUCGCAGUGAAACCAACGGCUGCAAAGAACAGCUCAGCCUGCAGCAGCUGCCAGACCACCUGACUGUGUGCCCGUUCCUGGAGGUGCCGUGCCCGCUGGGCCGCUGCCAGGAGCGGAUGAUGAGGAAAGACGUCCCUGAACAUUUGAACUGGAAAUGUAAACACAGAGAGACCAGCUGCGACUUCUGCCUCUGCAAGAUGCCCCUGGCAGAUCUGCAGAAACACAAAGAGACGGUGUGUCCAGCAUUUCCUGUUUCCUGCCCAAACCUGUGUUCCUCUGUCCCUCUGCCGCGCUCAGAGUUACAUGUCCACCAGGGGGAGUGUCCCAAAGCUCAGGCCAACUGUCCAUUCCACAGAUUCGGCUGCUCCUUUAAGGGUCUGAAGGACGAGCUCAAACUUCAUGAGUCGAGUUCUGUGUCUGAGCAUUUAAGAAUGAUGUCAUCCAGAAGCUCCGCCCUCGAGAGCAAGGUGGAGGACCUGAGGGUGGAGGUGUCAGACAGGUUCCUGUCCCUCCCAGGUCUGAGCAGUCGUUUGUCUGAGACUGAGGUCCACACUGAAGACCUGAGGGAGCGGAGCCGACAGAGCGAACACAAGCUGACCACUGUGCAGAAAUUGCUGAGUGCUCACUCUGAGAAGCUGUUGGAGUUGGAGAUGGAGUUCCGUUCUGUUCGUUCUCUCAGAGACGAGGUCGAGAACCUCAGAACCAGGAUCACAGCCCUGGAACAGACCCGGACUGGAGCCGGGACCAGCCACGCGCUGGUAACGCUGGAGACGCAGCUCGGGCGCCAUGAUGACAUGCUGAGUGUUCACGAGAUCCGAUUGGCCGAUAUGGACUUGCGCUUCCAGGUCCUGGAGACUGCAAGCUAUAAUGGAACUCUGAUCUGGAAGAUUCGGGAUUACACGCGUCGGAAACAGGAGGCGGUUUCGGGGAAGACGCUAAGUCUUUAUUCACAGCCAUUUUACACGUCUUAUUUUGGGUAUAAGAUGUGCGCCCGCGUAUACCUGAAUGGGGACGGCAUGGGCAAGGGCACACACUUGUCCCUGUUCUUCGUGGUGAUGAGAGGAGAGUACGACGCACUGCUACACUGGCCUUUUAAACAGAAGGUGACACUGAUGCUGAUGGACCAGGGUGGUGCACGCAAACAUCUGGGUGACGCGUUCAAACCUGACCCCAACAGCAGCAGCUUCAAACGCCCCAGCGCUGAAAUGAACAUUGCCUCUGGGUGCCCGCUGUUCGCCAACCAGACCAUGCUAGAGUCUGGCUCUUAUAUAAAGGACGACACCAUCUUUAUCAAGGUGACGGUGGACACCUCAGACCUGCCUGACCCCUGACAGCUACAUCCCAGAGGAUGAUGGGAAAUGCGGUUCAACAGAGACUCGGCUGAGAAGUCCGGAGCGGCUUCUGAUUGGCUGAAGGAGGGCAUUGCUACGGCAACAUAGCUGUUUACCGAUGCCAUGCAUCGACUGGUUAUGGCCUGCACUGGGACUUAACCUGGGUUAAACCAGGACUACAGAAAGACUAAACCAGGUCUAAGUCGACCUGAGGUCUAAAGCAGAACUCAGGACUAAACCAGAGCCCCAAGAGACUGAGAGGGCCCGAGCCCUGACUGUGUUUGUGAAGUGGAUCGAAUAAAAUAAAAUAAAAUAAAAUAAA